UUUCUGUUUAUAUCUGACCAAAAAUGUCACACUACCGCGCCCGCACCCAAUUUUCUAUUAAAAAAAAACCGCUUUUAAGAUGUUCUAUAUAUAAAAUUUAAGUCAAAAUAACCAUAAAGGCGUUGGUCCGUCUACAAAUACUUAACAUGGAGCCUAUUGAAUCCCAGUUAAGGGUCAAAAACUCCACCUAGUUUCCUUCCUUGAAAAUGUUCUACUAUCGUUACGGGCGCAGUAAAGUAUUUUUACUAUUUCUAAUCUUAAUGCAGCUAUGCCUUAUAACUUCCUAUUACCUCCUGUACAAGUCUGAGCAUAAGGAGAAAUUAAAAAGGGUGUCUUUUUUGGCCGCCAUAAAGGGCCCGAAUAAAGUGAGGAAAAAUUACUAUACAUUGAACGAUACGGUUGUUUUAAAACGGGCACUUUCGAGAGACCACUUUACUGAUUUUAACUCGAGCAUGUGUUUUACUGAGGGCACUGACACCCGGACUAUGUUGGCCAACGGGAAUAAUUGGAAAUGUAGCUGUUUACCUGGUUGGCAUGGUCCAGACUGUGGCUAUCCAGAGGUUUACUUCCGAGCCAUGCUAGCAAAAAAGCAACCGUUAAAACUGACCGGACCCAACACGUUUCAAAGAAGACUUAUUUGCAUAUUCAGCUGCGACCAAAUUAGCGAGUCGUUGGUAGAUAUAAGACUGACAGAGCUGGGAGAUGUUGUCGAUCUAUUUAUUUUAUACGAAAGAAGCAACUAUUUUGACAGUCAAUUAAAAAAUGGGAUAUUUAGCGAGCAAUUGUUAAAAAAAAUCCUUUAUAUUCCGAAUGUUAGGGACGAUAAUGUUACUAGUAUUUGGAGGUCGGCUAAGGCCCAGCUGAGGAACCUGAGGGACAAUGAUUUCGUCGUAGUGAGUCCCACCAAUGAGAUUUUCGAUGCAACUUCACUGAAAUUCUUGAAAUUCCACAACAGUGUACCCGAAACCGUUAAUUUUAGACUUAAAUGGGUGGUGUUUGGGUUCUUCUGGAUUCACCCGGAGAAAACGAUUAUAUCAGGGGGCGCUUGCACUGUGGCCUACUUAAAAGAAUCAUUAAACGACAAUUUGGACGCGCUCGCUUUAAUUGCGACAAAAAGUUUAACUUUAGGCGACUUAAACCGCACCGGGGGGUGGUUUUGUGAGUACUGCGCCGAACCGGAGAAUAUCAUAAGGUACCUGACGCGAAACCGUGCCAAGAACGUUAUAGAUUGGGAGAAAAUCACCAGUAAAAAGAUAACGUAUAAUUUUAUUAAGGAUCUUAUCGCUUUAGGAGUGUAUUUAGAUGGCAAAACGGAACUGAGAAGGGCCCACAGGUAUUCGGAUGUCGAUUUUGCCCCCAAGAGCGUUCUGGAUCACGAUUUAAAGUUUGACCCGUUGUUGGUGAACUUUUUCGCGCAAAGUGAAUACUAUAUGUGAAUUUAAUAAUAUUGUUGAUUGGCUAGUUUUUUAUUGUUAAGUAAAUGCUUUAUCCUAAAGAAAAAGUACAAAGUUGUAAUUUUAAUUAAUUCGCCUCAAUGUAGCUACAAAAAUUGGUUAAUUAAUUAUUAGGCUCUCAAGACUGACCAUCGUAGCUUCUGUUGUGUAUUAUGUACUAUGUACAGUGUUUAGGUUAAAUUUUAAUAAAUAACGAUGCACUUUAUUAGGCCUAAUUUUAAGACACCAUUUCGUUUAUAGACUGUGAUAUUUUAAGGUAUAUAAAUUUUUUAAAGCCA